AUGAGACAUGCUGGUAAAGAACCAGUAAUUCUUCCUUACGAAAAAGUUUUUCCAGAAAAGGCAACAACUAUCCCCGAGUAUUUACAAAAAGAAUUAGACAAUAUUGAUCAAACUUGGGAAAAUAAAUAUGAUCUUUCUAAUUUAGAUUAUUCCAACUUUAUGCUUCAGAAUAAUUCAGAAAAUAAUUCUUCUACUCCGCCACAAUUACCCCUUCGUCUUUAUAACUUAAAAACUGAGGAAGUAGAAGAAACCAAAGAAGAUGAGAAAGAACGGACUGUCACUAAAAAAGAUGGUAAAACUUAUGAGGUUAAACUAACUAAAUUAGGUCGUAAAGCUUUAAAUAAAUCCGAUCCAAUCGAAAAAGGACAAGAAGUUGCUAAUCAAAAACAAUAUUACUCUAAUGCCACUGCUACUUUAAUUGCAGUUGAUGCUGAAAUUGGAGAAGAAGUAAAUAGAGAAAAUAAAUUAGAAUUGGCUAAACAUAUUACUAAAAAAAUAGUUACUUCGCCAUGGUUUACUCGUGCUUGGACUUUCCAAGAAGGGCUACUGAGUAAACAAACUAUUUUUAUGUUUGAUGAUUAUUUAGUGGAUGGGAAAAUUUUAGCUUUGGUUUGGAGUAGUUUUCAACAUGAUUAUUUAGAACCAAGAUUAAGAAAUCUAAAUACUAAACCAGAAAUCUUUAUUACUCCUUUUGCUGUUAAGCAUCGUAAACAAACCGUGGCUUUAGAUGGUAUUUACUCUAUAUUAGGUUUAUUACCAUAUGGGAAUAAGGUAGAACCUAAUUAUCAACCUCGUUUUUGUUCACAAUGUCCAAAUCAAAAAGAAACGAAAGACUGCUCUCAUGAAGAAGAAAAUAAAAAAUGA